GACAGUGAUGUCGUCGAUUCGCCUUCCAAACCUCAUCUAAACAUGUUAUCGGUUCAUAAACAGAAUCCUUUACACUUUGGUCGCAUGCAUUCUGAACCCGAGCGCCCUCUACCAUUAGUAGAGUUCCGCCCACUAGAACAACCUGCUGACACUGACACUUCACAAUCAAACUAUCGGUCCUGUCCGGAGAUUCGGCCGGACAUUCAGAUCCAAAAAGUAGAUGCCGUGGACAAGAAAAAGGAAGAGUUAGUCGCAGCGCCCUCUCCAGUUACUUACUUCGAUAAGAUAGAAACUAACAAAACAGAAAAUAAGCCGAGAACACAUCUCUGGCCUCCGCACAUGCGGCAGGGCUUAAGCGCGCGGCUAGAACAUUCAUUUCUAACACGAACAAUAUCCCGAGAAAGUGUGGGUUUAUCUAGUGCAGGUAUUUCUACAAAUGAAACAUUGCCUUUAGUACCACCACCGAUAUCUACUAUUUCCACGUCGUGUCCGCCGCUUCAGUACGUCGGGGUUCAGCAGUCGAUCACAACAUCUCUCCGGCAGCUUCACAGGGCGGAGAAAGAGAGAGAGAACGAGAUAAUUCAGAUCGCCGCCGGCUCCAUGCGGAUCAAUGGAGCUCUCCGUCAUUUUAAACAGCUACGUAAGCCCAGGUCAACUAUCUCCAUUCCAUCAUCUAUGAAAACCCAACAGCAGAAUUCCACCGACAGCGAGAACCCCGGAAUCGCCCUGGUCGGAGUGAACAGUGAAUGUCCACAGUUCUCGGAGAACAAGAAAUCCGCCUCCAAGUUCCACAAGCCCAGCGUGGGCUAUCGCCUUGGACGUAGGAAGGCUCUCUUUGAAAAACGAAAACGAAUUAGUGACUAUGCUCUGGUUAUGGCUAUGUUUGGAAUAGGGAUGAUGGUCCUGGAGAACGAGCUUUCUGCUGCUAACGUAUACACAAAGGCAUCUGUCUAUUCUACCGCUGUCAAGACUUUAAUAACAGUCUCAACUUUGAUGUUAAUGUGGCUUGUUGUUGCCUACCACGCUCUUGAAGUUCAGCUUUUCAUGAUCGAUAACUGCGCAGAUGACUGGAGAAUAGCUAUGACAUGGGAAAGGAUAACCCUUAUUUUGUUAGAGCUAACUGUUUGUGGCGUACAUCCUGUGCCAGGGGAGUAUUAUUUCACGUGGACUACUAAAUUAUCGAAUCACGGGGGCCGAGUCGAGUCCACGAAAGUCCCCAUCGAUGUGACGUUGUCGCUUCCCAUGUUUCUUCGUCUCUACCUCAUCUGUCGAGUCAUGUUGCUACACAGUAAACUCUUCACAGAUGCUUCAUCCAGAAGUAUUGGCGCCCUUAACCGGAUCAACUUCAAUACCAGGUUCGUAUUGAAGACCUUGAUGACCAUUUGUCCAGGAACUGUAUUGUUGGUCUUUAUGGUUUCUCUGUGGAUUAUUGCCAGCUGGACACUUCGUCUGUGUGAAAGGUAUCACGACGAAGAUCACGCUAACUUGUUGAAUACGAUGUGGCUCACUGCUAUCACCUUCCUUUCUGUUGGUUAUGGCGACAUUGUUCCGAAUACCUACUGUGGUCGAGGAAUUUCCGUCACCAUGGGCCUUAUGGGCGCUGGUUGUACUGCCCUCGUAGUAGCUGUGAUCGCUAGGAAGCUUGAACUUACCCGAGCGGAAAAACAUGUCCAUAACUUUAUGAUGGACACACAGCUGUGUAAAAGGCUCAAAAAUGCUGCCGCCAACGUUCUGCGAGAGACAUGGUUUAUUUAUAAAAACACAAAACUUGUUAAACGAGUCAGUGCAUCAAAAGUUCGGACACACCAGAGAAAAUUCCUCUUGGCAAUUUACAGUCUUAGAAAAGUGAAAAUCGAUCAGCGGAAGCUGCUGGACAAUUCAUCAACGAUCACGGAUAUGGCAAAGACUCAGACUACCGUGCACGAAAUUGUUUCCGACAUAAGCCAACGGCAGGAUAUACUGUCAGAUCGAGUAACCUCUCUGGAGGAGAAACUAGGUUGUAUUCAAGAACAACUUCACUCACUUCCUGAAUUAAUAACUCAGGCUUUGACAAAACAGCUGAUACACAGCGGACAGACUACCCAAACGCUGACCAGUCAGCCGCCGGUUGCUGAAAAAAGAAAUGCUUUUCUUCAUCCUGAUUACGCUGCUUCUUUUGGAACACAAAACAUGUGGUCAUCACUCACUCUUCCACCAACGCAAACCGGACGUGGGGGCCUUCUUCCACCACUGGUUCCUCGAGCAGGCUCAACGGAGAACUGAAGUAUUGUGGUUGCAAGCUGGUUGUGCUGUACUUUUCCAAUAUAUGAGAGAUCUUCGUUAACUUUAUACACAUUCACGCUAGGCUACCCUCUAAUGUUCGUAAGACCAAUUGAGUUCAACAAACGUGCCUCAUAGGCAGAUCAAAAUGAUUUCGUCUAGAUCUGUAAUUCACGUCGUACUCGAAAUUUGUAAAUAUCAGAGAGAUCUGUUAAUUCACAUAGUGCAUAAACCUACAAAUGUUUUAGAGAGCUCUUAACUCACGUGUUACACAAAACAACAAAUGUAUUAGAGGUAAGUUAACUCAUAUGCUCAGAGCAGUAGUUGUCAUAGAGAAUUAUUAACUCACGUGUUACACAAAACAGUAAAUGUACUAGGGCCAUGUUAACACACGUCAUGCUCAGAGCAGUAGAUGUCAAAGAGAUCUCUUAACUCACGUGUUACACAAAAUACCAAAUGUGCUAGGGCCGUGUUAUCUCACGCCAUCCUCAGAGAUGUAGAUGUCAAAACUCACGUGUUACACAAAACAGUAAAUGUGUUAGGGAUAUAUUAGCACACGUCAAGCUCAGAGCAGUAGAUGUCAGAGAGAUCUAUUAGUUCACGUUGUACUUAAAACCGAUACAUGUCUACAAAUAACAGACAAAUAAUAUCGUGUUCAAAUCAAAUGUUUUAGAUUUUUAUUAUUCUGGCAUACUCAAAAAUCUCUACUCAACCCGGAAUAUCUCAUAGAGAAUUUUAAUUCAUGUCUUACUAUUGUCAUAGCGUUAUGUUAAUUUGAAUGAUAUUCAUACUUAAAUAAUGUUAUAAAAGCUUAUUAAUUUAACUUGAACUUCAACCGGCAAACAUUGUCCAUAACUAUUAAAUCCAAAAUCAUUAUUAUGUGUCAUCACCAAUACUUUCUAGACGUCGUGGUUAUCUCAGCCAUUCGGCAUUGUUGUCCAAUAGGAUUUGGUCAUAUACUGACUAAAUAGUUAGAUUUAUUUUGACCAAUUACAACAUCCUGCAUCAAAGUAGUUAGGCGAGUAGCGUCGAUCAUUGACAUCCGCCUGUAUAGAUCCAUUAAUCGAUAUAUUUCUAGUAGUGUCUUAAUCUGUUUUAAGCUAACAACACAAGUUAUCACUAAAACUUAUUGUGAGUAGCAGGUUUGUCCAGAUUUUUCUUAUCCAAAGAAGAGCACCUAUCAGUCUUAGAACGAUCCAUCAUCUGCUUCUGCGCUUGUUAUACCUCCACUCUAGAAAGACGUAACCAAAUUGCCCUUAUCGUAGUAAACAGAAUAGUCUUAUUCUGAGCUAUUUCAUGCUAAUGCAUUUAUGGCCUAAUUCAUGUGAGUGACUCGUCCAGUUCUGAACACUCUUUGGACGAUAUCUGGACAACUGUGUUACCUAGAUACAUUCUAUUUCAAUACAUGUGUAACAAAAUUAGCCAUACCUUAUCAACCAAAUAUGUAUCGUUUCAUCAUAAGUAUAACACACAAUCGAUUUAUAUGUGUUCACCAAACCUUGGUUAUUCCAACAUAUAUGUAACAAAAUGAGAUUCGCUUUAUCGACCAGAUCACUGGUUUUGUAUAGUAUAGUACAAUAAAGCUAGAUCUUUAACUAUUCAUAACACAACCGAGCUAAUCCCAUCAACCACAUCUGUGCUAUUUCAAAUUGUUCAUAAUACAAUCAGGCUAGCCUUAUCAAUCAGACCUUUACUAUUCCAGACUUAUAUAACACAAAAAGGUAAACCCUACUGACUAUUUCUGAUUUAUUCCAACACACUUACAACACAAUAAAGGGAGUUUUUUGCUAGAUUUGUUUUAUCUCAGCAUCCUCACAUCUUCCCAAAUCACCAUGCGAGCAGGAAUUCUUAGUUAUUAGAGAGUUUCUCUACUAGAUUUGUUUUAUCUUAGCAAACACUUCUUCCCAAGCUACCAUGAUAGUAGGGAUGCUCGGUUAUUAGAGAGUUUUUGUACAAGUCACAGUCUAUCUUAGCAGCCUGAACUUUUAACAAGUCAAUAUGCAAGCAGGGAGACUCGGUUAUUAGAGUAUCUUUACUAGGUUUGUUUUAUCUUAGCAACCUCACAUCUUCCCAAGCCAACAUGCAAGUAGGGAAGCUUGGUUAUUAGAGUUUCUCUACUAGAUUUGUUUUAUCUUAGCAAACACUUCUUCCCAAGCUACCAUGAUAGUAGGGAGACUCGGUUAUUAGAGUAUCUUUACUAGAUUUGUUUUAUCUUAGCAACCUCACAUCUUCCCAAGCCAACAUGCAAGUAGGGAAGCUUGGUUAUGAGAGAGUUUCUCUACCAUAUUUAUUUUAUGUUCGCAGACUCAUAUCUUCCCAAACCACCAUGCAAGCAGGGAUUCUCGAAUAGCAUUACUUCUCACACAUUUUAUCAUAUUAAGCUGAAUUAAUUGUCACAUUUGAAUACUUUCUUAAAUUGCCCCUACUUUAUUAAUUUAUUUUAAUAUCUCAUUAUCAUAUACAGAUCACAGUUUGUUUGUUUUUUUGCAAAACCUACAUGAGUUGUCGGUUCCAUAGUUAGCCCAUGCAUAUUAAACAAA